AUGGAGGAGUUCCACAUCUGUCCAGUGACAAACUACUACAAGCGGAUCCUUCUGCCGGUCACCUACAGCCUGGUGUUCCUCCUGGGCCUGGCUUUGAACGGGGCCCUGCUGUGGUGCGUUUGCUUUCGGACUCGCCGCUGGAGCAGUACGGUCAUCUACCUGACCAACCUGGCCGUGGCAGACCUCCUCUACGUGCUCUCUCUACCCCCUCUCAUCAUCAGUAAUGCCAUGGGGGACCUGUGGCCCUUCGGAAACAUCAUCUGCAAAGGUGUGAGGUUUUUCUUCUUCGUCAACCUGCACUGCAGUAUGAUGUUUCUCACCUGCGUCAGUGUGCAUCGUUUCAUUGGAGUGUGUUUCCCCAUCGCUGCAGUGCGUCUCCGGACCAGAAAACUCGCUUUUUUUGCGUCAGUCUCGGUUUGGAUCCUUGCGACUGCAGAGAUUGUGCCCACACUUGGUUUUGCGCACACAGGUCUGAUCAAUAACAUGACUGUGUGUUUUGAAAUGACAAGCCCCAGUCAGUUUCAAAUGUAUUUUCCUUAUGGGCUGUUUUUGGCCAUAGUGGGUUUUCUGAUUCCGUUUCUGGUGGUUCUCACCUGUUACUGCUCCAUCCUGAAGGUGCUCUGCUGCAGAGGUUCCAAUACCAGGACAGCGGGUAUGCGCAACAAGUCCCUGUGCACUCUGCUUGUUGUGUGUCUGCUGUUUGUGCUGUGUUUUGUUCCUUAUCACAUUGCUCGGACCAUCUACCUGUUCGUGAGGGUCUACAUGCCUGAAGACUGUUACCUACUCAACAUUGUCAUGAUCUCCUAUAAGAUGUGGAAGCCUGUGGUUAGUAUGAACUGCUGCGCAAACCCUUUCCUGUACUUUUGGGGAUCAUGGAGACACCGUGAGAAAGUUCGGGCCUGUCUGUGGAGGAGGAACAGAGUACAGCCCAGUGUGUCUGUAGUGGAUGCAGGCAGCACAAACAGAACCAGAGGAUAA